GGCGGUUGCCUGGUAACGCGCUGGCAGUGGGCGCCGUAGAGAUCUGUGUGGUGGGCGCUCCAUUAAAACCGUUGGCGCUCCUGACCUUGGCGUCGUGAAUGCGCAAAGCACACAGGCUGCGCGGAGCAGCAGAUAAGAGAAGAAGAUCCGCGUGUUUGAUAUCCGAAAACCGGGGGAAUAUUCCGCACAGCCUCCCCCCCCCCCCUUUUCUUUUAUUUUUCCUUCUCCAGCUCCUUGAUCUUGCGUCCUGACUGACGGGAACGGUAUGAUGGGAUGGAGCGCGUUUCAGCUGGUGUAGAAGCAGAUCUGUACGCACUGCCAUGAAAACAGGAAGCAGGGGCUCUCCAUUCCUGGCUGAGGUGCAUUUGGAUUCGAUAGGAGCGAUCGCUUGGAUUUAAAGAGGAACCGAGCGAUGCCUGUGUGACCGGGGUCAGUGCAGAGGGCCUAAGCAGACGCUAGAGUGUGCAUUUGUGUCGUGCAGCGGCACCGUCCUGCCCGUACCAUGUGGCUGGCUACGCUCAGAGGCCAUCUGUCGCCUGCACACCUGCUACAUCAGCAAGGGACUGCGACCGCCGCCCGCUGCGCCCUCCUUUGGUGGAUGUUGUGCUCCUGCUGGCCUCCGACCAAAGCGACGAGCCAGAAAUUCUACCCGACCGUCACCACCCAGUUCGGGAAACUGCGGGGCCUCAGGGUGCCCGUGCCCAGCGAGGUCCUCAGACCCGUUGAUCAGUAUCUCGGGGUCCCCUACGCCGCCCCGCCCGUCGGCGAAAAGCGCUUCAUGCCCCCCGAGCAGCCCUCCCCGUGGUCGGGCGUCAAGAACGCCACCCACUUCAUGCCCGUGUGCCCGCAGAACAUCCACAACACGGCGCCGGAGAUCAUGAUGCCCAUAUGGUUCACCUAUAACCUGGACACAGUAGCCACUUACAUUCAAGAUCAGAGCGAGGACUGUUUGUAUCUAAACAUCUACGCUCCGACGGAGGACGGAAGCCAGCACAAGAAAAGGGGGGCGGCUUUCUCACACGCUGAGAUUCAUAUAUCUGAAGAUAUAAGGGACUCCGAAGCCCGACCUGUGAUGGUUUACAUCCACGGAGGCUCCUAUAUGGAGGGCACCGGGAACAUGAUGGAUGGCAGCAUUCUGGCCAGUUACGGGAACGUCGUAGUCGUCACGCUCAACUACAGGAUUGGAAUACUAGGGUUUCUCAGCACCGGUGACCAGGCGGCAAAGGGGAACUACGGCCUCCUGGAUCAGAUUCAGGCCCUGCGCUGGAUAAGUAAAAACAUUGGCUACUUCGGAGGAGACCCGCGCCGCAUAACAGUCUUUGGAUCUGGGAUUGGAGCUUCGUGUGUCAGUCUGCUGACGCUGUCCCACCACUCAGAGGGUCUGUUCCACAGAGCCAUCAUCCAAAGCGGUUCGGCGCUGUCCAGCUGGGCCGUCAACUACCACCCAGUCAAAUACACCCGCAUGCUUGCCGAGAGGGUUGGCUGCAACGUGUUGGACACCGUGGACAUGGUGUCCUGCCUGCAGAAGAAGAGCGCCAAGGAGCUCGUGGAGCAGGACAUCCAGGCCGACCGCUACCGCGUGGCCUUCGGCCCCGUCAUCGACGGCGACGUGAUCCCGGAUGACCCGGAGAUCCUGAUGGAGCAGGGGGAGUUCCUCAACUACGACAUCAUGCUGGGCGUGAAUCAGGGCGAGGGGCUGCGCUUCGUUGAGAACGUGAUGGACCUGGAGGACGGCGUCUCCGGCAGCGACUUUGACUUCGCCGUGUCCGAUUUCGUGGACAGCCUGUACGGCUACCCGGAGGGCAAGGACACCCUGAGGGAGACGAUUAAAUUCAUGUACACGGACUGGGCCGACAAGGACAACCCGGAGACCCGGAGGAAGACCCUGGUCGCCCUCUUCACGGACCACCAGUGGGUGGAGCCGUCGGUGGUGACGGCCGACCUGCACGCCCGCUACGGCUCGCCCACGUACUUCUACGCCUUCUAUCACCACUGCCAGAGCCUGAUGAAGCCCGUGUGGUCAGACUCGGCGCAUGGGGACGAGGUGCCCUACGUGUUUGGCAUCCCGAUGGUGGGCCCCACGGAUCUGUUCCCCUGCAACUUCUCCAGGAAUGACAUCAUGCUCAGCGCCGUGGUUAUGACGUACUGGACCAACUUUGCGAAGAGCGGGGAUCCGAACAAGCCGGUGCCCCAGGACACUAAGUUCAUCCACACCAAGGCCAACCGCUUCGAGGAGGUGGCCUGGUCUAAGUACGACCCCUAUGACCAGCUGUAUCUGCACAUCGGCCUGAAGCCCCGGAUCCGCGACCACUACCGAGCCACCAAAGUGGCUUUCUGGAAACACCUGGUCCCCCAUCUCUACAACAUCCACGACAUUUUCCACUACUCAUCAACCACCACCAAAGUCACCCCUCUGGACCCCACCCAGUCCAACGGCAAGAGGUCCGGCGGCACCGGCCGGCCUCCCGUGUCCACGGCCCACGGCGACGGCGACGGCGGCAGAGAGAUGGGUCCUCUGAUCAUGCCGAACCCCAGGGAUUACUCCACAGAACUCAGCGUCACCAUCGCCGUGGGGGCGUCGCUGCUCUUCCUCAACGUCCUGGCCUUCGCCGCCCUGUACUACCGCAAGGACAAGCGCAGUCGCCAGGAGACGUCCCAGCAGCCCAGCCCGCAGCGCGAGAGCAAAGGCAACAACGUGAGCCACACCAACACGGUGGACGAGACGCUGUCGUCGCAGCAGAGGAGCCCGUGCGACGCCCUGCACAACCCUCUCCACGCCUCUCCCAGCUACUCUCUGAGCCAGCGCCGCUCGCCCGACGACAUCCCCCUGAUGACCCCCAACAACAUCACCAUGAUCCCCAACUCCCUCAUGGGCCUCUCCAACAUGAGCCCGUACAGCACCUUCCCCGCCGGCUACAGCUCCACGGGCCUGCCCAGCACCCACUCCACCACUCGGGUAUAGCCUGGCAGGGAGGGCGCAGGCGGUGGCGGCGAGAAAAAAAACACGACACGGGGAACAUUUAAAAAGCUGUAUUUAGAAUGUGUACGUAAAUUAGGAUCGAAUAUGUUUGUCUUUUCCAAAAGGUGUGCGACCACCAACAUCCUGCCUUUGUGCGCUCUCAUAGUAGGAAGUCUUACCUGCAGAGUCAUUUUCUAAUAAUCAUUUGCCCGGAGGCAGUUCAAAAGAAAGAGAAGUGCGUUUCAUUUCCCACUUUCUGGAACUUUACCUAGCAGGAACUUAGUAUAAUGUUUAUACAGUUGGAUUUGUAUGGGAAGCUUUUUCUUACUCUGUGGUCUCUGUUUUGCUCUCGUGGAACAAAGGGACGCUCACGACUCACGGCGCAGCUGGAGAGGAGUCCUUGGGAAAGCAGAGAAGCAUUACUACUGUUGCUAUUAUCCAGCUAUUUUAUACGCAUUUCUCAUAUCAUAUUGCUUAUUAUGAAAAAGGUAUUUUUAUUGUAACUCCUUUCCAAAUGCCUUGUACAUCGCUUGAGCACUGAGUUAUUGUGGAUCCAUAGCUGGGAAAGGUCCGACUUGGCCAAAAUGUUCCGGUCCAGUGGUGCAAGUACGGAGACCCGCGCAUCGCGUGCGUGUGUGUGUGUGUGUGUGUGAGUGGGUCGGUGUGGGUGUGUCGGUGAGCGGGUGUGCUCAAAUCUGUGCUACGGAAAUGUAAAUUAGGCAUCAUUUAAAAUUAACCUCUCAGUUUUGCAUAUGUGGUGUUGUGUAUUUUCUUGUAGUCCACUUGGGUAUCCCUUGCUAUAUUUUGGCUCUAUGUGAUUUUCAUUUCCUUCUCAGUGAGGUUCACUGAGGGGAUAUAACUUCUGCUUCACUAUAAACAAAAUAUUGCUUAACAUGUGUUUUGCUAUUCUAACUAACUCAUGAUUUUGGCUUGGCUUGUUUGUACAGAAUAAACUUAGACUGAUAUUUGA